AUGGCGGCGGACUACAGCUCCCAUGGCGAACGUGAUAACCACUACACUACGGAAACGCCGCUGCUAGUGAAUGCGGAGCUCGGCGCUGCUGAGGGACUCGGGGACGGCCGUUACCUGCCGCGCUUCCAUAACGGCCUCCACACGGACCGAGCAGGGAUCGGCGAGCGGGAGCUGGUGCUCGCGAUGCCCAACCUGCCUCCCGCCGUCGUCGUGGACAACGGCUCGGCCCUCAUCAAGGCUGGCAUCGCGGGGGAGAAGAAGCCGUGGAUCAUCUACGCCAACGUGGUUGGCCGUCUGCAGGACMAGGGGGCGGCAGGACAGAAGCAUUGCUAUGUUGGGAGUGAGGCGCAGGCCCGCAGAGGGGUCCUUUCCAUCAGGUAUCCAGUAGAGCGGGGCAUCAUCACGUCCUGGGAAGAUAUGGAGGCCGUGUGGGAGAGCAUCUACAGCCAGGGCCUGCAGAUGCGAACCCGCGAGCAGCCCGUGCUGCUGACCGAGGCGCCGCUCAACCCCUUGGCCAACCGAGAGAGGAUGACCGAGCUCUUCUUCGAGCGCUUCGACGUACCGGCUCUCUACGUGUCUAUCCAGGCCGUGCUGGCGCUCUACGCCUCRGGGCUCACCACAGGCUGCGUGGUGGACACCGGUGCUGGUGUCACGCACAGCGUGCCCAUCUUUGAGGGCUACUGCUUGCCCCACGGUGUCCUCCGGCUCGAGCUGGCCGGCCGCGACCUCACAGACUACCUAGUGCGGCUCCUGAUGGACCGCAGCACUGCACUCAUCGCCCCGGCCGAGGAGCAGAUCGUCCAAAACAUGAAGGAAAAGUUAUGCUAUGUGUGCCUGAGCAUGGAGGAGGAGAUGGCCAAGAAGCCUGGCGAAGUGGAAAAAACCUUCCACCUUCCCGACGGCAACGAAGUUAAGGUUCACCAUGAAAGGUUUCGUUGUCCGGAAGCCCUCUUUAACCCUCCUAGUGUUGGCGUGGAGGCACCAGGGAUUGACAGGCUCUGCUUCAACUCCAUCACAAACUGUGACGUGGGCCUGAGGACUUACUUCUACUCCAAUAUCCUCCUGGCUGGUGGCUCCAGCCUGUUCCCUGGAAUUGCUGAACGUCUGAACAAGGAGAUGGUUCCCAUGGUUCCAGACAACAUGAGGGUGAGAGUCCAUGCUCCUCCGGAGAGGCAUUUUUCAGUGUGGAUGGGAGGCUCCAUCCUCGCCUCCCUGAGUGCCUUCCAACAUAUCUGGAUCACUGUGGCCGAGUACAGAGAGGCUGGGCCUAACAUGGUGCACAGAAAGUGUUUCUGA